GCAUCAUCAGUACCUACCCGACAUCACAUCUCCCAUCUCCACCAUGGUUCAACAGCUGCUCCGUGUAGUGAUCGCCCUGGCGUGUGUGUGUGCGUGCGCCCACGCACACAUGGGCUACUGGGGCGGCCAGAGCCCACUGCAGCCGGUCGCCGGGCUCUACGUGAAGCCCUCCCACGACGGCAUCACUGGAGACCUCUACGUCGCGGCCUCCGAGGACAACGGCGUCAACUCGCAGUGGGUCUCCGAACAGCCAAUAAACUUCAUGCAGAGCUACGCACAAGGGCAGUCCGCUGUCCCCAUCUCGUAUUCCAGCUCCCUGACCACGGCCAAGUCUCCCCUUGAAGAGGUGAUCACGGCUCAGAAGCGCGCGGUCAUCACGAACCCCCAGGUUCAGUACACGUAUCCUGUCGGCGCUGACGGCAAGCCUGUCCUGUCGUACCCCUACACCAUGAUGGCUGGAGCCGGCACCACCGCGCAGUACCCCGAGGCCGCCGCCGCUGCCUACGCAGGCCACCCCUACUCCGCCUUCCACUACUUCUACCCCUACUUGAUGUCUGCAGCGCUCGCCAACGCUAUGAAAGAGCUGGGAGUAAACGAGGAGACUACGAAUGCUGUGGCUACUCCUGCUGCUACUCCUGCUGCGUCGGCCUGGGCGUCCUCGGCCUACUAUCCGUGGCAGUACAUGAUGGACCCCACCGCCUGGGCCCAGCACGCCGCCGCCGCCGCCGCCGCCGCCGCCACCACCCCCGCACCCGCCGCGCCCGCCCAGGAAGCCCAGACCAGCAACGAAACUGCUAACAUGCAAUGACCUAGAAAAGAUUUGUAGGCCAAGCGAU